CUCUUCUACGUCACUGGCUGUGACCCCACACCAACACUCAGCAUGUUCAUGGACACCAACACUGAAGGCACGAGCGACAGCGUGUACGAUGGCCGUGACCGCCUUGCUGGGCUGCCCGACGAGGUUUUGUUGCAGCUUUUCGAGACGUUGGGUCGCAUGUCGAAGCGUGACUUGUGCAACGUAUCGCGAUUGAACAAACGCUGCCAUCGACUUGGUGACGUUGUGCUAUACAAGAGCAUCCUUUUCGAAACACCAGAAUUACAUCUUACAUUCAGUGAGUCGCUCGGCCGGCGACCACGCCGUGGCUCCGCUAUCUAUGAAGUAAAGCUGGCGUAUCCAUCGUCAGAGCUAUCCCAGCUAGCGCUCGAUGCACCGCUCCGCAACCAUUACGAUCCGUCGCAUUCGUUAUCGAGGAUGUCUAAUCUGGAGAAACUAGAAAUCUCGUUGCCAGACAAGCUUUUGCAUGGUAUUGGAUGCCUGUUCAAUGGACCAUUCGACCUAGCCUGCCUCAAGACGUGUACACUAUUCUAUCAAUGCACCGACGAUCAAUACUGGGAUCUGCGCGAGAACAUACAUAUCUUUGCCCAUCCCACUCUUCAAAGUCUCACCAUCCGGAGAGCAAAGCUAGACGAUCGAGGUUUCGAUUCCCUCGAACGGCCUCAUGAGACAGCGUUGAAAUCGUUGCAUUUGAUCGAAUGCGACAUCAACGACGAUACGCUACUCGACGUCUUAGAGUUUCCCAUAGCGUUGGAGGAGUUUGUCAUGACUCAAAUCGAUGAACCGGAACCAGAGUUAGAAGAGAGCUCCGACAACUUCAGCGACUACAUCGUUGCGCUUGAUUCGCAAGCCCAUUCUCUCAAAAGCGUCACAAUCGACUUCCCAACGUUGGGCUGUCGCAAAGCAUUACGACUCAGAGAGUUUGAAGCGCUGAAGACUCUACGAAUUAACUGGGACUAUCAGCUCUUCGGCAAAUCGUCGAAGAAGCCCCGCCUACAUUCGGUUGGUCUUCCUCCAGAGCUUGAGGUCCUUGAAUUCUUCAAUGAGCUAGGCAACGAUGUGGAAGUGACAGAUCUAUUGCUCAACAUGAUUGAGAACAGAAAUGUUGUCGCGCGAACGUUAAAGACUAUGAUUGUGGUUGAGGGUAAUGAAAGCAUAGUGAAAAAUAUCAAAAACGCUUGCAAGAAGCAGGGUAUACAGCUAGAUGUUAUUGGCGCGAUGGACAUAGACACAGACUAAAUACUGGAGGUUGUAAAAGCUCAAUAUAGCCCGA